UCGAAAAAUUAGCAUUAUAGGUCCAGUUAAAGUGUAAGGGCUUUUAUUUUGUAAUUACAUAAAUCCACUUAUAAGAUUAGCGCGUCAGUGACAAAGUGUUUGGAUGCUCUAUUUCGCUACAAACACAUGGCAUUCAAUAAUCCACAAUGUAUGAUGAAAAGCGCACAGAUUCCGAGGAUGAAGAUUCUGACAGUGAUAACGAGUCAACUGGACGACUUUCAUUAUUUGGUGCAUUAACGAGUAUUUUCAUACCUGGUUUCCUUCGCAAGUUGAGGUGUCUGCAAGGCGUUCGCAACAUGUUGAACCUUCCAACCCAGUCGUUCCCUGCGCCGAGCUCCCAGCAGCGGGUCGCUCCGUCCGGCCAGUCGGGGAGAACCAAGGUUGCAUUGAAACCAGGCCACAGUCUAAUGGACUGGAUUCGGUUCUCCAAAAGUGGAAAGGAUCUAACUGGGCUUAGAGGGCGGCUGAUUGAAGUUACCCAGGAAGAACUGCAGAAACACAACACCAGGAAUGACUGCUGGACUUGUAUACGAGGUAUGGUGUAUAAUGUCAGCCCGUACAUGGACUACCACCCUGGAGGAGAAGAUGAGUUGAUGAAGGCUGCGGGCAUGGAUGGAACUGACCUUUUUGACCAGGUCCAUCGGUGGGUAAACUAUGAGUCCAUGUUGAAAGAGUGCCUGGUGGGCAGGAUGGCCACAAAGCCCACCACAAUUUUUAAAGGCAUUCUCCCACCACCUCCACCCGUCUCCAACCCCACUACGCCAGUGACCUCUCUGCCAGUCAAAGACACUACCCCUCGGUAUGAAUGGUUUCAAACCGAGUCGACGGUUCAGCUUAUUAUUUACACCAAAAGGAGGAUACCCAAAUCGGGCUGCACGGUUGUUGACCUUGAUGCUGGUGUACUGCGACUGGAAGUGCUGCUUGGAAAAAUGUCCUACAUAAUACAUUUAUGUCUUUUAGAAGAUGUUGACGGAAACAUUGCUGUUCACACUGCCGCCGCCGUGGGAAAGAUCCAGGUGACUAUCCACAAGCGGGCAAAAGGAAAAUGGAAGAGCCUCGGUCAGCCAUUGGAAUUCCACAACACGUUUUUGUGCAAAAAAGACAGAGCUCUUUUCUUUCGGGAUUGUGAGUUGGUGUCUAGGACUGAAGUGACCCAUAACACACACGUGCUUCAGUUGCAACUUCCACGUGGGACUGUCAUGCACGUGCCUGUUGGGAAACACGUCUACCUCAAAUCCCUCAUUCAAGAAACUGAAGUCGUGAGACCGUACACCCCAAUAGACCAGGAACUUUCCGUUGGGACCGAUCCCGCUCCAGAAAAAACACACCUCUACCUCAUGAUUAAAUUCUAUAGUGAUGGAGCCCUGACUCAACAUCUCAACAGCCUGCAUAUCGGUGACCAUGUAUCAGUUAGUGGUCCAGAGGGUACCUUCAGUCUCCGCCCCCUCCGUGAUGUCACAGUUCUUUACCUGUUAGCAGCCGGCACAGGCUUCACUCCAAUGGCUCGUCUCAUUCGACUGGCACUACAGGAGAUGAACACUGUCAGAAAUGCCCAACUGCUGUUUUUUAAUCGACGGGAAGAGGACAUUCUGUGGCGAAGGGAAUUGGAUGAACUUGCUGCCAAGGAGGAAAGGUUCCGCGUGGAACACAUCCUGUCUGAGCCAUGUGAAAGCUGGACAGGCAGGAAGGGGAGAGUGGAUGAGGCCAUACUCAAUGACUUUCUCAUUAGGCCAGACGGGUCAAAGUGCUACGUGUGUGUAUGUGGUCCCACUGCCUUUACAGAGCUAACAAUUAGGUUGGUGAAGCAGCAGGGCUUCACUGAAGAGGAGCUCCACUGCUUCCAGGGUUGACGUGCUGCAGCAAACCUGCAAAGACUGCAUGUGCCUUUGAGUGACAAUCAGAUAUGAUCAGAAUUUAUAUAGACAGUAUAUAUUUAUGUGUUUUGAGGAAGUAACAAUGUAUUUCUAUGCAUCAAGGAUGUGAUGAUAUAAAACAGCUGACAGACCACAAUACAUACCCCACCGACAACGUUGCAUUGGUGCAAUAUUCCCGAGUAUGCAACACACAAAAGCACAGUCAAAUUAAUAGUCCUCAAUAUUUUACUUCUAUUUUCUGCAUCUUUUAGGAACAUUUCAGUCCAAAUGCACUGGCUCUUUAUUUUUUUGCACUAAAACCAGUCGUACUGAAAAUUAGUGUGCAAAACCGACACGGACAGCGUUUGUUGAUAGUAAUGCAGCAAUGUGAAAGCGGCCUUAGAAAGACUUUUUCUUUUAAGCAACAGUAACGUGUCAAGUUUGUAGUCGAUGCAUUGGAUAUACAAGCUAACUCGAUCCAUGGAGUCUGUAUACUUUAAAAAUCCAUUGUUUUAUUCAAUGUCAUAAUGCUGUACCGGAGGCAUAUGGCGUUCACCACUCACCAGCAAGCAGGAAAUGGUAUAAGACAAGAACCAAUCAUGAGUGAUUAUGAAUUACGAUUAUAUAGAAACCGUCAAUAUGAGUGCCACCAUUAGAGAUAAAUCAGUAAUAUACAAUGUAAACAUGUACGGCAGAAUGGGGGUUGGGUGCAUCAUCCAAUCAUCUUUCAGUAGUCAUCCCUACAUUACAUUGAGCCUUAAGAUUUUGGCAUGAAAUGUGUAUCCCUGCCAUUUCCCAACUCAAUGUAACAAACAGGAAAUUAACUACCAAAGAAACUCUGGGCUCAUGAGGUUUAAUUAAAGGACGAGGCUUAAGUAACCGUUCAGAAGGACUUUGCAACUACUUACUGGAGAGAUACUAGUUUCCACUUCCUGACUACUGCCAAGGUACCCUUGAAACAGGAACCGAUAUAAUAAAACAAUGUACCUUUUUGCGGAACUGUACUGUAUAUUAAAAUAUGUACAUAAGAUGCAACAUAAGAGCUAACAUUAUAUUGGAUCUAUAGCGACCCAUUUAGGAUUCUUAUAUUGAUACAGACGUGGUUGGACGGUUGUAACUGCAUCUGAAAACAUUCUAUACUGUAACCCCCAAUCAGUUUGUUUUAUCAUAUGGUAAAAAAUGUGUGUAAUGUUGACCUAAUAGUAAAAAACUG